AUGGAUCUUACGCAGGCUAACGGCUCAUCGGGCGGGGGUGGCGGCCAAGGCCAAAGCUCCCGCGCGAACGCUGAGUACAAUCCGUUCGGUGACAAAAGCUGGAUCUACGAGCACGACGUCCCACCUGAGGUUCUCGCUCAGAUCUCUCCUAGCCCUCCUCCUCUGUCGCAACCUGAUCCUGGCCCUCACGAAUCCCCUCUCUUCAGUCAAUUUCCCACGGGGCAACAAACUGCUCUGACCUGGCAAGACCACUAUCCCCGUGCUGCCUGGUGGCUGAACGCCGGCCCGCCACCUCCUGAUAUUGCACAACUCCGUGAAGAGAGGGCUGGGGUAGAGCGGGAACCAUCACCAGUUGGACCACACAGGCCGCCAGCGCAAGCGGUCCGGGUCUCUGUGCCCCUGGAUACAAUGACGAGCAGCCCGCCAUAUCUCCGUGACCUUGUCACCAUCGACAGCGACGUCAGCUGGACGGACUUCAUCGACCGGAUCCGCGCACGCAUGGGACUCGUCGAUGAAGAGGUUGAUCUUGCCUACAAGAUGGAUGGUGCGAAGAACUCGGACGACUUCAAGGUUCUUGCGAACUUGUUCAACAUGCACGAGGCCUUCCAGGAGUACAUCGGUACGAACUUGAGGGCCCGGAAGAAACGGGAUCUUGUAAUCUACAAUCUCACAGCUGAGCGUGAUGACCGUGCGCAGCCCAAGGACAAGGGGAAGAGGGGCCAAAAGAAGGGUAGCAAGAAGGGCAAGAAGGCGAAGAAGGACAAGAAGGGCAAGAAACGCCCGCGCGAGGAAUCAUCAGACAGCGAUAGCUCGUCCGACGAGCCAUCAGACGCAUCCCGGCAUCUCGCAGCGAUGUCCGACCUGAAGGAGCACCUGCGGUGCCACGACGCCCACUGCAUCAACAGUGACAAGCCGAACCGAUGGUGCUAUAUCGACCGACGCACAGCUGGACAUGUAGACGUUGACAUCAAACAGAUCACCUGGUGGGCACAUGAAAUUGCACAUGGGAAUGCAACCCUCAAUACACCACCGGAAGGGCAGACCUACGACCCCGUCAACUCUAAGCGGAGGGCGGUCGAACGUGCGAGGAAGGAGCGGCGUGUAGUCGCCGCAGAGUCGAGCACUGAGAGGAUGUCAGUGCCGGCGAUCAAUCCUGCAUCCGACACGAACAACGACUCUGUCGUCUUCCCUACGACCGCUGCGUUGCUGUUGGAACUCAAUCAAACAAGGCCGGCUCACAACUACCCGCAGUACGAGCCACGUCUGGCAGAAUUGGGGUUUUGCUAUACGGUCGACUUCGAGAACUUCGACCUCUCAUUGUUCACGGACCAUGCUGGGAUGCCCCCGGGUGCUGUGCGACCCAUGCUAGAGUGCGCUCAUGUCCUGACACGCCGUGCGCGUAAGGGCAAGGGUCGGGCCAAGGAGAAGGAGAAUGAUGUUGACAUGUAA